CCCAGCUAGAGGCUUGCACCUGCCCAGAGAGUCAAGGCAGAGAUGCUCCGGUGGGAUUCGGGGAAGUGGUCGCAUAGAUGACUUCAGCCUGCAUGAACUAAGCUUAUAGUUUGAACAGGUUACAAUGGGGGGUUAGGAGCACUCUCCGCGUGGUGGAACCAUGAGCCAAGUGUCCCUGCAGCCUACCCCGGGCCUGGAAACCGAGUCCUGCUCGAGAGCACUGUCCCAGGCCCAAGUAUAUCUGGAGCAUAUUCGGAACCACAUGUCUCCUGAGAGCCCUGAUGUUCAUGGGAUGGGCAAGCGUGAUUACCUGGUGGAUGCGGCCAAACAGAUCCACCUAGCGCUUGAGCGGGAUGUGAGCGAGGACUAUGAGGCAGCUUUUAACCACUAUAAAAAUGGGGUCGACGUGUUGCUCAAUGGAGUACAAGUUGAUCCCAAUAAAGAGCGGCGGGAGGCAGUGAAAAGGAAGAUCACUAAGUACCUGAGGAGGGCAGAGGAGAUCUUCAACUGUCACCUGCAGAGGACACUGGGGAGUGGGGCCAGCCCUGGCACGGGCUUCAGCAGCCUGAGGCUCCGGCCCAUUCGCACCUUGAGCUCGGCAGUGGAGAACCUGAGGUGUUGUAAAGUAGUGGGGGUCAUCGAAAAGGUUCAGCUGGUCCAGGACCCUGCCACUGGGGGCACCUUUGUAGUUAAGAGCCUUCCCAAGUGCCAUGUAGAGACGUGGGACCGUCCAACCAUCAUCCCUAAUGGCGUCCCCUACAUGACCAAGCUUCUUCGCUACUCUGUGAGUGAGGACUCCAUCUUCUUACACUUGGAGCAUGUGCAGGGGGGAACCCUCUGGUCCCAUCUCCUCUCUCAGCCUAGACCCCAGGGGCCAGAGGCCUCCAGCAACUUAACCCAGAGAAAGCCAGGCUCUACCAAGGAUGAUCACCCAGAGAAGGGGAAAGCUGGCCCUGGUCCCCCUGAUACUGGCCUCCACCUCCUGCCCCCGGUUCUGCUUCCCCAGAACCACAACCAACAGCUCAGCAUUGCGGCUGAGGCAUCGCCCCAGCCCUCCAACAUUUCAUCCCGACCUCAAGGCCGGGUUCCUGACCAUCAGAAAGGGUUGAAGGAUUUGAAGGCCACACAGGCUCCUGACCGGAACCCUGGAGGCAAGUCAUGCAGUCCAUCCAGGGAAAUCCAAGUGUUCAGGUCCCAUGGAGUAUCGGCCUGUGAAGAUGCUUUUGGAAGACACCAAAUCAGGACAAAUGCUCCUUCCCCUGAAUGGGACCCUGUGGCCUCAGAAGACCUCAGCUCACCUUCUGGCCUAGCUCCAAAGGCCCUUAGAAGGGAUGAGACAAUGACCAGCAGCCUAGGUCGUGGCAACAGUCGGUCCCAUCUCCAAGCCAGGCGGAGUACUAGGUGGAGUACCAACAGGGGGCCUCUAGGAGGUCUCUCCUGGAUCCGGGAGGGGGCAGGCCGGGUACUAGAGGGCUACGGUCAUGGGAGUGACCAGUGCAAAGAGCUCCCAGGUCAGGACUGUCCACAUGCUAACCGGGCCUGUCCAGGACACAGGGGAGGAGCCUGGUGUGUGAAGGAAGAACAGGUCAAGCAAUGGGCAGCGGAGACCCUGGUGGCCCUUGAGGGUCUACAUCAGCAGGGCGUGCUAUGCCGGGACCUCAACCCCAGGAACUUGCUUCUGGAUACCACUGGUCACAUCCGUCUCACCUACUUUGGCCAGUGGACUGAGGUGGAGCCCCGGUGCUGCAAUGAAGCCCUGGAAAACCUGUACAGUGCCCCAGAGGUGGGAGGGAUUUCUGAGCUGACAGAAGCCUGCGAUUGGUGGAGCUUUGGGUCUCUGCUGUAUGAGCUUCUAACUGGAAUGUCGCUGUCCCAGAACCACCCCUCAGGAAUCCAUGUGCACACCAGGCUCCACCUGCCUGAGUGGCUUAGUCGACCGGCUACUUCCCUGCUCACUGAGCUGUUACAGUUUGAUCCCUGCCGGCGCCUUGGUGCUGGAGGAGGAGGUGUCAACAAGCUCAAAUCCCACCCAUUUUUUAGCACCAUCCAGUGGAACAAGCUGGUGGGAUAGUCAAAAAGAUCCUUCUGGGAAGACCCAAGGUCUGCUUUCUGGGCUGGCUGAGUCUGCAGGAGCACUCUAGACCAAUGGGUCCAAGGCCCCAGCCUGAAACCCUGUGGUGUCAGACUGAGUCCUCAUGCCACCAAGUAUUCAACCAUUUGGUGGUAGAGAUGAAUCCUGAACCCUGCAUCCUGAUGGGGGGGCGGGGCAACCACAGGCUUAGGUCUCUCUUCAAGGCCUUUGACUUCCCCUCCCCUGUGGUGUUUUAUUUUGUUUUUUUUUUUCACUUAAGGCCUUGGAAGUAUACUCCGAGGUGGAUCAUUUCCCAAUUCUUCCUCCUGUCCCUAAAUGAACCCAGGCAUGAUAAGAGGACCCACAGGGAACUUUGAAGUCGGAAAAAUAUUGGUACUAGUCUAACCUCUGCCCCUUCCUGGCUGUGUAACCUCUCUUGAGCCUCAGUUUCCUCAUCUGUAAUACAGAAAUAAUAUCUGCCUUGCCUACCUCAUAGGGUUAUCAUGAGGCUCGAUGGAGAUUUGUGCAAAAGUGUUUUGUAAUUUGUACAUGGUCACAUAAACAUAAGGGGUCAUGUUAACACACAAGGUGAUUGUGUUUCCAAUUAGCCAAAGCAAAGGGAGGGGCAAUGGGGACUGGGGUGUCGUAAGGGAUUCUCAGGUCAAACUUCAUAGACCUAGAGGGUGCCUUUCUCUGGGGUUAGAUAGCUUUGUGCCCUGGCGCUCUGCAGAGCUGGUGAGAGACCAGGCCGCAAUCUUCAGCUGAGAUGGACUAACUCACCACAUGUGCAUCCAAAUUUCACAGGAGGUGGAUAGGGAAGCUUGAAGGUAUACCCAUCCCACCUCAGGAAUUUCUUGUGCCCUGAGGCAUUUACCCACUGGGACAGGUGGUUGUGAGACAGGGCCAUCCUAGCCAAACCAAAAGCUCUGAUCGUGUUAACCAUAACUACAACUCACUGGUCAGGGUUUUCCCAAAGUAGGCAGUGAUGGCUGAUGGGAAAAUGAGUCUACGAAUGAAAAAGAAGGCCUAGAAUAAUGCUUUUCCCUUCCAUUAUACCCUCCCGAUGGUGGCCCCCAGCAUCUUGGGUCAGGUUUGGCAGUCCCAGGACACAAAGGAGAGGGGAAGAGAUGGGAGGUCAGAGAAAGGGUUGGGGAUGUGCCAGAAGGCCUUACACUCCUGUGAAAAUAUGGAACAAAAGGUGCCGAGAGCCCUGGGCCAGUAACCCUCUCCCUCCCCAGGCACUGGGUCUCCACCCACCCAAGGAAGAGGAAGAGGAGGGAAGGGAAGAAGGAAGAGCAGCCUGGUUAAGUGCCCUCAAGUCCAGGACUCAUUUCUUUGGGGGGACAGAAGUUUGUUUUCCUGAUUCAUAUCAGUUUUCCAAACAACAGGCACUCCCCAGAGGAGGUAGCCUAGUUUGGGGGCAGGUAGUUGCUGAACUUGGGUUCAAAUUUUGGCCUUCAGUUUCCUCCUCUAGGAAAAUGAAGAGCUCUAAGUCUCUGAGCUGGUUAUUUGUCCUUCCCAUGUGAUUCUGCAUCCUGGUCUUGAGGAUCAAACUGAUUUAAACCUGUUGUUUUAGUUGAGGAGAGGGUGGGAGUCGGGGUCUCUGAGGGCUAGGGAUGGAGGGAGAGGACCUCAAACAGAACCCCAACCCCAACCAUAGCACAUCUCUUCUGCCCCAAGGGCCCUGGUCUGGACACCUCUGUCUGUACUUUAUUCCUGGUGUGGUGUGACCAGUCAGCGUCUGUCCAUGCGUAACACUCAGCAGUUACCUAGAAUAUUACCCAGGCAGUCUCCAGGGCACGGGACAUAGGACAGCUUGGCCUAAGCGUGAUUGUGGCCCACCCCAUCCCCUCCCCCCAAAUAAAACUUGUACU